AGCCUUUGCUCGGUGCAUCGAUGUGGUUCGAGGUGGAACACAGCAACAGCGGAAGAGCUCCUGACAGUCCUCACCCAGGGCGGAUAUUAAUGACCUCUUGUUGUCCGUCAUUGGUCAGCCUGCGUGUGUCGUCAUAAGUUUGACAUACCUCAGAGGAAGCGGGAACCACACCAUCCUCGAUUGAACUGAAUUUAUCUCCACGCUGGCUCGUCUACUGAUUCAAAAAGUAAGCAAAACAUAUACGGACAUGGUUAAGACGUGGUUUUCGGUCAAAAGCCUAUAAGCAACAUUAUGCCACAGUCAGAUUUGGAUUAUUUUGUGUGUGUGUGUGCGAGUAUCACGGAGAAUCAAUCAGAGAAAAACGGAAUAGUUCAGUUUGAAGCCAGUGUGUGCUAACGCUAGCCAAAAGUUUCCACAGUGGAGGAGUGAUGGCGGUGUCUCCCGCUGUGGACCACCAGGAACAGAUUGUCUUAUUUUUAAUCCGUUUAACACUGGUUGCAGUGAAGUGAACUUCUUAUGGACAUGAAGCAGUUUGUAGUGUGUAGCUUCCGCCAAAACCAAACAGUUUAGCUCACAGCAUUACACAGCGAAACAUCACUCUGCCAUUGUGCUAUGGCGCAUAUAUGUACCAUGAUGUUUCCUUUUAGUUUUUUAAGAUUCCUUUACUCUUUUUCCCCGGAUGUAAACAAAACCUAAACGUCCAAACGUAACUGCGAAGUUUGGACAUAAAGCUGUUUUAAAUCUGGACGAUUUGUCACUUUUUAAAGCAGAAAACUUGGAUUACUAUGAUGGUUCAAUUCUCAGGUCUUCAGGCAGUUCUCUGUUAACAAUACCUAAUGUUAAAACCAAGACAUAUGGUGAGGUAUCUUUUUAUUACUACGCACUAUUAUCAUUAUUAUUAUUAUUAUUUUUAUAGAUCAAGCUUCACCUAGGGGUCUUUUAUUAGUAAGCAAACCGCACAUUGCACUUUGUUUCUGCAUUUUAUCUUAUGCACUCUGUUCAAAUGCUUUUCUUUUUACCUUCUGAAUUGUUGUUUUUUUAUGUAGAUGUAUUUUAUUUCUUUUUAUGAUGUAUGACAGUGUUUUAAAUGUCUGUGCCUGCUGCAACCCCAUUUUUGAGACAUAAUAACAUUGAAGUGAAGUGAAGUGAAGCCCCCUGUCUAUGGCGCAGCUUACCUGAAGACCUGAGGACUGCACCUUAUCUUAAUGAUUUUAAAAGCAAACUAGAAACAUACCUUUUUAGUUUUGCUUUAAACUAAAUGUUAUAUCAUUAACUUUAAGUAUUUUAGCAUUUAUCUCUUCUAGUUUAAAUGACUGGAUCAUCUUUUAUUGAGCUAUUUUGGUGCUCUCACUUUAGUAUCUUUUACUGUUGCUUUUAUUUCAUUCUAUGUUACCUCGUUUUUAGAUUUUAAACCUCCAGUGCCUUGAAUUUAAAAAACGGCGUUUCCUCAGUGCGCACAUUCCUGUUUAUAUGAAAUCAAGCCCUUUUUAAGUUCAUGCAUUUUAAUACUGUUUUCCAUUGUGCUUAGAUUGUGGGGUGGGAAUGAGGGGUUGGGUUGGGGUAGAUUAGGGUUUUCUUUGUUUCUUUUAUUCCUCUGCUAUGUAAAGCACUGUGCGCUACAUCUUUUUUUUUUGUGUAUGAAAAGUGCUUUACAAAUAAAGACUGAUUGAUUAUUAUGUACGACACUUGCACGUGAAAUGGUUUCAUGUUGCAAACACAUGUACAUGUGAGUUUUUAGUCCAAGCUUAUAUAUAUAAAGAUUUUUUACCAUGUUUUUAAAUUUGUUGAAGUGAAACCUGUUAAACCUACUGAUUUCAAACCUAAAAGUGAUUAUAAAUUCUUUUCUUUCUUUUAUUUUUUACAGAUUUAAAGCUUCACAAAUGGCCGGAGAAAAAGAAAUAUGGCAAAAGAUUGGAGAGGGCUUUGUUCAGGCAUAUUACAACCAGUUUGACAAUACAAACAGGAUGGAGCUGGGUAACCUAUAUGUAAGUCAUACAUCCAUGACUGACUAACACACACCUUUUACUGGGCAUUUGUGCCUGUAGUUACUGUUGUCUAUGCUGCGUUUAAAAGAUAUCGUGUGUGUUGUAUAAAAACAUUGUGUUUUCCUUUGUUAGUCUGCUGAUGCCUGUUUGACAUGGGAAGGAGCCCCCUUUCAGGGGAGAGAAGCCAUUGCUGCUAAAUUAGCAGUAAGUUCCUUUUCUUUUUUCUGCUUAUUUUCAACAAUUGCAGUCCUAAAACAUAUUAAUGGAGGUAUGAUAACCUAAUCUACCCGACUCUUCCACGAACCAACUCAAGUCCAAGACUAUUAUAGUGUGUUGGUGGAUGUAAUUUAAAUCAAGCAUCUCAGAGUUUGUAUGUGAACAGUGCCAUAUAAAAAUAUUUCUAGUUGUCAUAGUUUCAGCAACACCAGAAGUCAUUUCUAAAAUGUUUUGGUAGCUGUCAUUUGAAGAGUAUACUUGUCUUCUCUUCUAUCUCCAAAUAACUGCAACACCUCACAGUCCGUCAGACAAUCUCAUAACAAAAUCUUUAAGAUGAGGAACAUCAACCGAACUUUUUGUUCCUCUUUACAACUUUGAAACAACACAUUCUGGUUUUAGAAUUAGUGCCUUAUUUUGAUUGUCAGUAUUAAUAAUGUCACUACAUGAUGUGUCAGUCAUUUUAUUUCUCAUCCACAGGGCCUGCCUUUCAAGCGAAUUAAGCACAUUAUCACAGAACAAGACUUCCAACCUACAAUAGACAGCUGUAUCCUCAUCAUGGUGUUUGGACAGUUACAGGUAUGCUGGUUAAUUUUUGUAGAUAUCCUCUUGUGCUGAUUUGUCUCCUAUCUGCCUUACAUGAACUUUCCUGGAUAACUGGUAUGACGUUGCUGACGAAACGGUAGCUUGGUUGUGUUUACUGUGGUUUUUCACGUUUUUCAUAUCAUGAGCAACAUCAAUACCAAAGACACCUGGUAUUUCAUAUUCAGUCUGACAGAACUGAGCCAAAUUAGAAGGUGAACAAGAUGAAAGGCAUACUCUGAGAGAAUCAGAGAAACUGACUGCUUUUAUACUAAGCAGAUGUUAUUAGUCAACACAAAAAGCACAGCAUGUUCAUGCUGUAUUGUGACAUACUGCCGGAUAAAUGUGAAAAACUCAGUAAUAAACAUGACCUUAUGAAGGUUUUUACAGGUUUAAUUGUAUGAGUCAUUUUUAAUAAAUGCUCAUAGUAGACCAUUGCAUUUUAGUUUGCAUCCUCUAAUAUGGGUUUUGCUAUAUAUUGCAUUCUUCACGAUAUAGAAAAAAAGCAUAUCGAUAAAAAAUAAAUCAUAUUGAUCGAUAUCGAUAAUUAUCGAUAUAAUUAUUAUAAUUAUUCAACAUAUAUUUUAAUUGCAGCCCUGGAUGUUUUAUGCUAUUGCUUAAUGACCUACUUUUAAUAAAGAACACACAAGCACUGAAAUCAAAUUCAAACCUUUAUUCAACCACCUUUUUAUUUUUUUUUUACCACAACUGAAAGUUUUUUAAAAAAGAACUUAAAAAAAAAAAAGAAAUCAACUUAAGUGGCCUGAGUGACGUCAGUAAAUACUGACAAACAUAAAGACUAAAGUGACCAGAAAAUCUGAUAAAUAAAUAUUUAAAUAGUCUUUUGAUGAAAAUAAACAAAACAAACAAAUAUAUAAAUAAACAGAAUAGCUUUAGGUGGGAAUAGCAUACUACCAGUUUUAACUGUGUGGGAAACUGCCCACAGCCUGGUGUCUGAACACUGAAACAUUUCUCCCGGGGUCGGGAGAUUUAUUUUUUUUAAUUAUCAUGUGAUUGACUUAAUACGCAAACUGAGCACGAGAAGCAGGACUUAUCCACGCCGGUGUUGUGUCGUAGAAUGCACCCCUGCCGAACGCACCCCCUGCUAGUAGCCAUGAUCCAAAUACUCGCGUCUUUAUAAAAUAUGAGCUCAUUUUCUUCCACUUUAAGUAGCUAAUGAGAGGACGGGAUGCAAGGGUGCAUUCUAUAGCACAACACCGGAACGUAUUUCCUCCGCACCCUUCUCAGCUUUUCAACCCCUGACCCGUUUUCAUGCCUGAAGCGCUGUGUUUGAGAAAUACUUGCGGCCGGGCACCUCAUAUCGCGGGUCAAGAGUGGCUAAAAGCUGGUCGAAGCCAGGCUUUUCAACGGUAGUUAUUGGCAGUAUGUCCCUCGCUAUGGAGCAUGUUACUGCAUGGGUGAUGUCCUUAUGCCGCUUGGACGCUUUGUCGUAUUUUGGCAAGAAACUAAGUCCAGCUUGGUCUGCUUCACUUGCUUUGUGCUGGUGCUGGCAGCGGUUCCAGAGGAUUCCUCCGACGACGACGUGGAGCCGCGGCGCAGCCGACACAGCUCGUACUCCUGCGGGUGCGAUCGGUUUAGAUGGUAGAACAAGUUGGUUGUGUUACCAGGCUAGGUUUUUACUAAUUCUCUGCAAAUUUUGCAAACGACCGCUGUUCGCUUUUUGUCAGACUUGUAAAAACCAAAACAUUGCCAUGCUGGUGAACUACUGAAACCUUUUUUCGGGACAAUGUCCUCCGCUUCUCCUUGCUGUAACAUUAUUUCUAAUACACGUGCUGUCUGUUGUGGUUUGAGAGGGGCUGGGCUUGGUGCCGUAGCGUACCUGGGUCUGCGUUUGUGAUUGGUUGGGAGGAAGUAAUGACUGUAGUAAAAGCUACAUGAUAGGCUAUGAUGAAAAAGAAAGGGAAACUGUGUUUUUCUAUCGAACUUUUUAUCGACCCGUUUUUUUUCUAUCGCGACACACGUCUAUCGAUCGAUAUAUAUUGUUAUCGAAUUAUCGUCCAGCACUAGGUUUUGCUAUAUAUUGCAUUCUUCACUUACUGUUUUACUAUAAGCCUCUAGAUAAACGAUGGUGGCUAAAUGACUUUGUUUUGUUUAUAAGCAUCAUUAAUAUCAAAUCAGCUGCAAUCUCACCUUAAAAUGACAGUGAUUAUACUUCAACUGCACCAACUUCAAACACAAAACGUCUGGAUAAUGGAUUUAUGAAUUUGAAGUUGGACAAAAACAAGAAGUACUACAACUUUUUUUAAGUUAAGUAAAAUAUUUGUCACAUGGAGAAUGUCACUCAGUACAGCCCUCUCUAAUAUUAAUCCACAUUAAUAACAUGUUAGCUGCUCAGCACACGAUGAUUACUCCAUUUAAAGGUUUGUUGUCCUCUAAAUAUCUGAAAACUGGAGUGAAGACCACAGACAGAUGCUUUACCCACUACUCUUGCUUUGUGCUACACUUCAUGGUAUUUUACUACUUUGCUAACUCUCCCUUGUCUUUAUGAAUUCUAUCUUCAGGUUGAUGAUGAUCCACCAAUGGCCUUUCAUCAAGUGUUCAUGCUCAAGUCCCAAAACUGUGCGUGGGCUUGCACGAAUGAUGUGUUCCGGUUGGGGAUACACAACAUACCAGUGUAGCAGUUUAAAUUAGUCGGCAUUGACACAUUGACAUUCAGAUUUCAAUUGAUUCCACAGUCAUGCUGUCAUUGAAAAUGCUCAGAUAUAUCGGUUCUUUCGCGUGUCUAAUACAUUUACAAGCAUGAUUUUUGUGUUGAAGUUUCCAUGUCAUAAUACAGUUCUGUCCAAUAAACAUAAUGAAUCAGAAAGUU